AUGUGCGUAGCCAUGACCCGCGUCUUCUACUGCAUGCGCUGCAACAACGAGAUCUACGAAGAAAUGGAAUGUCAAGAGUGCCCGCUCUUCAGCCAGUACGAGCGCUGCGGAAAGACCGACGUGAACCUAAGCUUCAAGUGCGCAGCCGACCUUUGCAUUCUAUGCGCUUCGUUUCCGCCGGAGAGCCAGGUUCCCUUUUUGUCGCAGCCUCCACAGGGGAGUACUUCUACUAUUAUGCGUCAUUUGAGACUUAUAUACGCCCGCAAUGAUGAAGAUGAUACAGAAUCGAUCGGCGAAUCAGAGACUGGACCGCUGACGACUUUGCUACAUUUUGGUGGCCAAUACCUCGGUGAAACUGGACCUUGGGCCUGA